GGAGACGUGAUAGUAGAGCGUAGCAGAGUACGGCAGAGCAGUUCAUCUGUGGCGAAGGAGGUGCGUGCUUCGACUGAAAUUGAAAACGCUGUUCUCGUGUUAGUGUGGUUUUCAACAUGGGAAAAACGCCAGCGGUAGGAAUCGAUCUUGGUACUACGUAUUCCUGUGUAGGCGUUUGGCAACAUGGAAAAGUGGAAAUCAUUGCAAACGAUCAAGGGAAUCGAACAACACCAAGUUAUGUAGCAUUUACUGAUACUGAACGCCUAAUUGGCGAUGCUGCGAAGAGUCAGGUGGCCAUGAAUCCAAAAAAUACAGUGUUUGAUGCUAAACGUCUCAUCGGUCGUCGUUUUGAUGAUCCCAAAAUUCAAGACGACAUGAAGCACUGGCCGUUCACAGUCAUCAAUGAAGCUAGUAAACCUAAGAUACAGGUGGAGUACAAGGGAGAAAUAAAGAAAUUCGCACCAGAAGAGGUUAGUUCCAUGGUCCUGAGCAAAAUGCGCGAGGUCGCCGAGACGUACCUGGGAGGGAAGGUAAGCGACGCUGUUAUCACUGUUCCUGCUUACUUCAACGACUCCCAGCGUCAGGCAACCAAAGACGCCGGUGCCAUCGCGGGCCUCAACGUUCUCCGUAUAAUCAACGAGCCUACGGCAGCCGCUCUGGCUUACGGACUCGACAAGAAUUUGAAGGGCGAGAAGAACGUCCUGAUCUUCGAUCUCGGCGGAGGCACUUUCGACGUGUCUGUGCUGUCCAUUGACGAAGGAUCGCUGUUUGAAGUCAAGUCAACUGCAGGCGAUACCCAUCUUGGUGGUGAGGACUUCGAUAAUCGGCUAGUGAGUCAUUUUGCAGAUGAAUUUCAACGGAAGUAUAAAAAGGACCUGAGGGGAAAUACCCGAGCCAUAAGACGCCUGCGGACAGCAUGCGAGAGGGCCAAGCGCACCUUGUCUUCAAGUACCGAGGCAAGCCUCGAGAUCGAUGCUCUUCAUGAAGGCAUUGAUUUCUACGCCAAAAUCACACGAGCCCGCUUUGAGGAGUUGUGCAUGGACCUCUUCAGAUCCACGCUGACACCCGUGGAACGCGCACUGGCUGACGCAAAGCUUGACAAGGGACGUAUCCAUGACGUCGUGCUUGUGGGCGGUUCUAUUCGCAUCCCUAAAAUUCAGAAGAUGUUACAGGACUUCUUCAGUGGUAAGGCAUUAAACCUGUCCAUCAACCCAGAUGAGGCAGUGGCUUAUGGGGCUGCUGUGCAGGCAGCCAUCUUGAGUGGGGACACAAGUUCACAGAUCCAGGAUGUGCUACUGGUGGAUGUGGCUCCUCUGUCUCUUGGCAUUGAGACAGCUGGUGGAGUCAUGACGAAGAUUGUGGAGCGCAACUCACGCAUACCAUGCAAGCAGACACAGACCUUCACAACAUAUUCUGACAACCAAUCAGCAGUCACCAUUCAGGUAUUUGAAGGCGAGCGUGCAAUGACUCGAGAUAAUAAUUUAUUAGGAACUUUCAACUUAACUGGAAUACCUCCAGCUCCUCGAGGAGUUCCUAAAAUUGAGGUCACUUUCGAUUUGGAUGCUAAUGGAAUUCUUAAUGUGUCUGCCAAAGAAGGUAGCACAGGAAAAUCUGAAAGAAUUACCAUCCAGAAUGACAAAGGGAGACUGUCUAAAGAAGAAAUUGACAAGAUGCUUGCUGAAGCAGAGAAGUAUCGCGCAGAAGAUGAAAAACAGAAAGAGAAGGUAACAGCUAGAAACCAACUUGAAAGUUAUACAUUUGGGGUAAAACAAGCAGCUGAAGAAGCAGCAGCAGGAAAGCUGACAGAAGAUGACAAGAAAUUGGUACUGGAGAAAUGCAAGGUAGUACUGAGUUGGCUGGACAGUAACACUCUUGCAGAGAAGGAUGAGUAUGAAGACAAGCUAAAGGAGCUUCAGCGUGAGGUGGGGCCCAUAAUGGUCAAGCUGCACCAGGGCUCUGGUGGUAGUGGUGCAGGCAGCAAAGGGCCCACUGUUGAGGAGGUUGACUGAACUGACCAGUCACUUCUGUUAAGAGAAUGAAAGUAUAAGUGAACAAACUUCUGUAAUCUAAAGACCUUUAAAGUUGCACUCACACUGCUGGUAAUUUGUCAUAUGAUCUUGCUGCUUGCUUAACAGUGUGUUUUUCCUUCUUGUUGGCUUUAGUCAGCACUUUAAGCAGGCAGUAAUGUUCAUUACAUAAUGUUUUAUUUAAUAAUGCUCAGUCACCUGCAGAAUUCAUUAGUACUGAUGGAUAUGGAAAAUAUUUUUUAUAUCAUUCUUUCAACUUACUUCCCACAUGGCUAGUCGCUGGCUUCCCACUGCGGCAGCCCAGGUUCAAUCCCGGUUCUCGUCAAGUGGGAUUUGUGUUGGACAA